GCAAGGCUUCUGGUUGACAAAAAUGCACAUUAUCCAAAAACACCUGUCAACUUUGAAGAACAAAAAUUUUAUAGUCAAGUAUUAUUUUACUUUACACAUAAAUAUGAGGAUGAAAUUUCUAUGCUUGCAUAUGUACAAUGA